AUGGUAUCUGAGACCGAAGCGGUGGAAAUCUACCGCGACGCCAUCGUCUUUGACGGGUUGAACAUCGCCAACUGGUCGCGCGAGAUUUUUGAAGCCUGGCAACAGGGCGGUAUCACCGGCGUGUCAUGCACAUGCGGUAUCUGGGAAGGGUUCCGCGGCGCCAUUGCCAACGUGGUACAAUGGAAGAAAUGGUUCGAGGAACAUUCCGACCUCAUCGUACAGGCACACUCGGUCAGUGACAUCCGCGAAGCAAAGCGCAACGGCAAAACAGCCGUUCUAUUGUCCUGGCAAAACACAGCCGGCAUCGAAGAUCAACUAGAUUACCUACGUGUCUUCCGCGACUUGGGUGUGCGCAAGAUGCAACUCACCUACAACACGCAGAAUUACUCUGGGGCAGGGUAUACCGAGAUUCGAGACUCCUGUUUGACUGGAUUUGGUCGACAAGUUGUCGAUGAAAUGGGUCGGUUGGGCAUCGUGGUUGAUUUAUCGCAUGUUGGUCCGGUGACUAGCGAAGAUGUUAUCGAGUAUGCGUCUAAGGCCCCUUGCUUCAGCCAUGUGUUGCCAGGCGGACUUCACGAGCAUCCAUGUAACAAGUCAAAUUAUCUUUUGCAGCUCAUUGGGAAGAAGGGUGGGUUUGUUGGAAUCAGUCAAUUUGGACCGCAUAUGGCCAAGGGCAAUGAAUCGACUAUCGACGAUUAUGUUGCUGCUGUGGACUUUGUUAUCGAUUUGAUUGGCGAGGAUCUGGUCGGCGUUGGCUCAGAUGCUAGUGAGGGACAUGCUCGACCAAGUGAUUUUAUGGCCUGGUGUAAUCUAGAUAAAGGUUAUGCGCGUCGCCUCACUCCCUGGGGAAGCCAGAUGGUUGUGAAGCCUCUGGGCCUGUUGAAGGAACGCCCAGAACUGGCCAAGGCUAUGGCUCGGGCAGGCUGGUCGAAAUCAAAGAUGCAGAAGGUGUUGGGGGAGAACUGGCUGGAUUAUUUGGAACGCAUCAUCGGAGAGUGA